UCUGACCGACUCCUUCCGCGUUAGAUACAGGGAUCACUUGGUGAAAGGAUCAGGGCAGUGCUAAUAACUCAUGCUUCAGCAAGGCAGAGUAGCCCCGUGCUGGGUAUCUGAUGGGACAUAGGGUGCACUGUCCAAGUCGAACUGAAUUGAGACUUUCAGAAUUCUCUGCACAAACUUGAAAGUGCCUCUGCUGGUUUUGCUACCACUUAAAUGUCUGGCAAGGUGACAGAUCCCUUUUGAAACACCAGUAGCCUUUUGUGGUGCAUUGAAUCUGACAAACAAGAACCUACGCAGGUGCACAACAUUCAAUUCUGGGACUAUUGACCUGCCUUUGUACUUAUUAAAGUUUCAUUGGAUGAAGUCUAUAAGCAGUACAUUCUAUCUCUUCAGAUAUAUGAAUUGAUACAGCUCCAAUUAACUUGAGCAAAGGCCUGCCAAGUGACAUCAGCCAAAGAUCUGGCUGUACAUCUCUGAGACAGUGAUUGCCACAUGAGUUCCUCAAGGAUAAUGGACUCUAAGAUGAGAGAGGCUGAAGGAGAUGGAGAGGACAAUUCAGGAAAGAAAAAGUCAAAGUUCAAGUCUUUCAAAAAGUUUUUUGGUAAAAAGAAAAGGAAAGAGACAUCAUCUUCUGUGAGCAGCAGUCUGAAGUUGUGCCAGUCAACAAGUGAUGUCCCAGCCUCUCAUGACGUGCGCGUUAGUUACGAUUCUGAAGAUGAACUUGAGACACACAAAGGCAUUAUGGGAAGCAGAGCUUUGUCACAUGAUAGCAUUUUUAUCCUUGAGACUGGGCAAGAGCCUGCAAGGCCAGUAAGAGUGUUUUCUCAAGAAAACAUUUCUGAUCGAAUUAGAGCUUUACAGCUGAAACUCCAGCCCACCAUGAAAUUGGGACCUCCACCUCCAUUUGGACUUCAUGCAAAGCGAACAGAGGAUGCUGGGACCAGUUCUGAAGAUGAUGGAUUACCCAGAAGCCCUCCAGAAAUAUCUUUGCUUCAGGAAAGCCUAAACUCAGGCGUGAAAACAAGAUUCUCUGACUCUCACAAGCACCUUAGCUCUUUGAGUUUAGCUGGAACAGGCAGUGAAGAAGAAGAACAGAUUACAUUGGGUUCUUCUUCUAGAUCUCACUCUACAGAUGGUCAGCUGUUCACUAGACAUGGAAGUACCAAAACUGGAUCUCCCCGGACAUCUGACAGUACCAUCUCCCCUACAGCCAAUUUUGACACUCCACCUGAGCUUUCUGCUUUCUUGGAUAGUUCUGCUGCUAAACAUAAGCUUUUAAUAAAACCCCGGAACCAGAGAUCCAGUAGAAUGAGAAAAUUUUCUCAGAGGACCGAGUCUGAAUCUCUGACUGAUUUGAGCUGUACCCCAGAGGAAGAAGAAGAAGAUGAUGCUGUAUUCAAACCCAGCAAUCAAGAACUGCCAUGCAGCACAGCUGCAACACAGAAUGUGGCUUCCUGGCCAAAGCCCAUAAUGCCUGAGGACCUCCCCCCUGCUUUGAGACCAGCGAUGACUCAGCCUGCUUCCGAGUCUGCUGCUGUACAGGAAACCCUGCUACCAGAGAAUAAGCCAGAGGACUGCCAACCACCACUGGAAAUGACAUGUGAGGAGUCUGAGUCCUCACUGCUGACAGAAGACAAAGGCUCUGCAACUUCUUCCUACUCUAUUUCAGACAGAGAAGUACAAAAGCAAGAAGAUUCUUCAGAAACACUGGUUCUGUUGUCUGGGGAUGUGUCAAUCAAUAUUUUAAAUCAAGAAAAUAAGGAGCUUCCUACUGUGUUUCCAUUAAAUAAAUUACCAUCUGAAGAAAAUAUUUCAAUUAGUAAGAAUAGUAUUGUUUGCUUGGAAAGGGUGGAACAAAAUAAACAGAAGGAUGAUCAGGUACCUGUGGAAAUGCCCUGUAAUGAAGGGGCAAAGAAAGAGUUUACUCUAUUGUCAGAGUCCAGCAAGGAGUUUUUCAUGGAUUCUUCUCAGCCCACAGACUCAUUCCAUGUUUCACAUCCUGCUUCCUCAGUGCAGAUGGGAUCAUCUACUUUCUGCUCUCUAGAGCAAAUAAAGACUGCAGAGGAAGCAGCUGCUUCUGGUAAGGAGAACAGUCAGUCACUGGUCCACAAGGAGGAACUGUUGGGGAAGAAAGCUGAAAAAGCAGCCAAUGAACUUAAUGCCUUCAAAAAGUUUUCUGUUUCCUCUGCACGGGAGAGGCCAAGCACCAGAAGCCUGCAUUUCCCAGAACGAUCAGAGUUGGAAAACUCAUUAAAUACUGGAUUCUUCCUGUCCAAAGCAAAGGUCUCCUCAAGAAAUGAGAAGUGGCAAGAAGACUUCCAGAAAGGCUCAGAUCUGGACGAGGAAAAAAGUAGCAACAAAAAGCAGACUUUGCUGCCAGAGUCCUACUCUGAGAACACAGGCCAACCUACAGAAAUUUUGGCUGGUUAUGUUUCUCUGGCUGUUGAUGGAGUACCAAUGCCAAGCAAUUCUUCAGUGGUAUCUCAGAAUCAGCCAAGUCGUAAAGAUAAAAGUCCUUUACAAGUGAAACUUAGAUCCACCUCACUGUCCUUGAAAUAUGGAGACAACUCACCACCAGAAUCAAAAGGGAUUAAAAGAUACAGUGCAGAAUUUAAUUUAGAAAAUGAGGGAUUGACUUCCUUUCUAAGAGGUGAUAAGGCAGAGAUCAGAAAAACAGCCAGUACAAAUAUUGGUGAUUCUUUUAAUGAAAAGAUCAAACCCAAAGCAAAGUCCUCUGAACAGCUUAGUAGCAAACCUCCAUUGCCUAAAAAGCCAGCAUUGCAAAACAUAACCAUUCCAAACACUACUGCAAGCAAGGAUAAGCAGGACAAAGCUGUUCACUCUCCUGAAUCCAGAAAUGAAGACAGAGACUUGGAGAAAGAGUCAACUGCUUGUAAAGUGCCUGAGAAAAGCAUGCCUUCCCCCGUGGCUGCCAGAGACUCUGGAAGAGAUCCUGACACUCCUACAGAACCAGCCUGGAUUUCCAUUGCAAGGCAAAAGCAGAGGGGCAUGCAUCAGGAGAAGGAACUCAACAGAGAAAAGCUUGGGGCUCCAAAUAAUAAAUUGAAUACAGAGAAACAGAAUAAAGGAAAUGAACAAACAGAGGGGCCAGUGAAGCCACAAUGGAGCAAACCUUCAUACUUGGCACCUAAAACCACUUCUGAAGAGCAGAGGAAAGACACAAAGUCUGAAGCGAAGUCCCUGCUGAGAACCAAUUCACUGUCACAUGAUGCCCCUGUAGCUCCAUCACCUGCACUGGUGGAUAAGGAGGAAAUAAGCCACUUGAAGAAAGUCAGUAAUGCUGCUCCAGAUCAGCCAUCAUGGAUGGAGCUGGCCAAAAAGAAAUCUCAAGCUUGGAGUGAUAUGCCACAGAUUAUAAAAUAGAAUGAUGCAAACAAGUAGCUUCUUUCAUAAUUAAGUCAACUACUUAACUGAACUCCUACAGACCAGCUAAUCACAGUGAAGAAUCUCUUGAUACAGAAGGGUUUUAUUAUACAGCUGUGGAGAAAGUGUGCAAUAGGUGCAGUCAAAAAGUUUACCUUCAGUUUUGUAGCAAUCAGAAUUGCAAUGGCAAUGGAUUACUUAAAUUAUGCUAAGGACAUACUUACCCUUUGGAAAAUAAAACUUUUGCCUUACGUAUUUCCUGCAUUUUCUGCUUUUAAUGAUGUUUGCAUCCAAACAGGAUCUUUGCUAAACUUUGCUGAACUCCUGUUGUUGCUGGAAAAUUCUUGUUAUGGUUUUCUCUGUUUACAUUUAUAAACUGUGCAUUAACGUCCUGACUCUGUUGAUGUGUUUCACUGGAAUCACAUGACACACUUUCUACCAAAGCUGUUAGGCCCAUGGAGGUAUUCUUGAAUAGCUGCUAGUGAGUACUCCAUUAAAAUGUGUUGCUUGAGCUGCAUGUUUGCCAGUGGUACAGUUUCUGGGGUUAGGUUGCCUUUCAGGAGGCACAAAUACACACAUUUAUGUGUGACCAUGAAAAAAAUUCCUCAGUUCUUUCUGUGAGCAACCUUGGCUGCACAGUGCAGUAAGGAGACUGAACUGCAGUUGGAAGCUCAUCAAUGCAUUCACAGUUGCUUUCCUACCUGAAUUCAUCUGGCUGCAACUGGCUUUCCAUUAUGUCAAACCUCAUGCCCAGUUAGGAGGAUGGUGUUAAUAACAAUGGUCAAUAUGAAUUUAAUUAAAAAAUAAGAACUGAAAAUCCUGGAGCUUAAGUUCAAACUGAAAUGCUGGGGAAAACUGUGAAUUUCAUCACGACAUCAGCUUCACAUAUCACCCCCCACAUAAUCUUAAUUCUUCUCAUUAAAAUCCAGUAAUAUACAGAUAGCACAUCUGUACUUGACUACCUUUAUGUAACAUCCUCGUGCUCAUUGGCCUGAGUCUCCCCCACCAGCUUGUGACUCCCACUCAUGAAGUCUCCUAGGCUCUUCACCUUCGCUUAUUUAACAAGAUUGACAAGAUAAAUCAUUUGCUGCUGAUUGACUGAAACUACUCUGAACAUAUUUUAAGACCUCCCUAUGAAUUACAGAAGCAAAGGACAAACCCUGUGAUACCCCACUGCUAAGACAAACAUUUCGUUUUGUGUAUGCAUGGGUGAAGUACUACCUUAGCACUGCAAUCCCUAGGUUUAUUUAUAUUUAUAUUAGUGGUUUUGUUUUUCUUGUCACAUUACAUUCUCUUUGGAAAUAUGUGGGGAGACUUUAGGAAAUGUAGGAUUUUCUAGCACCUGCGUUUGCAAUUUUGAAGACGUGGGAAGGAAAACCCGAGCCCUCUCAGUCAUGACAACUGCAUUUUGCAAUGAAUAAAGAAACAGAGAGUUGGGCACGUGAAUAUCCAAGACACUGUUAAAGGCUUUCAGUCAGGUUGUCUUUCAUUGUUAAAAAUAGGAGGAGGAAAAACUAGUUUUGUGUUUGUCAGAGCCUUAGGACAGAACUAGUCAGCCUGCAUCCCUGCUGGGAUCAGCCUGCACGGCUGCUGGGGGCCUGGAUGGGGCCGUGCACAGACCUGCUGCAGCCCAUCACAGAGCUGCCAGUAGUCCCGACCCAAACAGGGUUCUGCCAGCUGUUGCAGGGUUUUCUCCUUCCUGCAGAUGGUAAAAGGCAGUGUGAGAUACCCACUGAAAUCAGAAGUGGCAAGACAGCUCUCUGUCCACACCAGAUCCACACCAGAAAUAGUAACUUAAUUACAGGAUCUGCAACCUUGGGCUCAAUUGCCCAAAGGUUGGUUGUGCAAAAAACUUUCACACUUCUCCCCCAUAAGCAAGCAUGAACAAUCCUUAAUCUCAAGUAAUAUUUUUUUCUUUUUUGGUAUUCAUAUUCUAGGACCUACAGUAGAAACAGGCAUAUUUUCAGAUACAAUAAAAACCAUCUUAACUCCCUCUCUUUCCAAAACACCCUUUCUGAAACAAAUAACUAAUUAGCAUAAAGUGUAAUGUUACGAUAUGCUAUUACCUUUUGUAGGAGUCUUGAAAAAAACCCAGUUUCUCUAUUAAAGGAAUAUAACAUGUAAAAAAAGACCAAAUUUGUACCCUCUAAUUAUUGCCACCCCAUGAAAAGGUUUUCAGGAAAUGUAGUUAAAGGUACAUUCUGUGUUCUUACAAUUCCCUCCCUGUUUAAAACAAUUAAAACUGUGUUGAAUCAUGA